GAAGAGGGAGAGAGGGAGUCACACACACACACACCCUGUCUCUUGCACGCACACACACAGAAACUGAGAAGUGUCUUGCUUGGGAGAUUGAGAGACACAUGCACACACUCUCACUCUCUCACACAUGCACACACACACACACAGGGGGAGUGGUGAAGGCAGGCUCCGCUGCGUUUUGAAGCAGCAGUGAGAGUAAGAGAGAGGACUAGCCAGUACAGAGGACAGACGACUCUUAAGCUUGAACGGACCGUCACCUACCUACCAGCCCCCAGCCGAUGAGCCACAGCCACUGCCACAGCACCGUGAUAAAAGGGGUUAUGCCAGGAGAGCUUGAAAGGAAGGGAAGAUCCAGCUCUCCGUCCGUCCAUCUGUCCGUCCGCCUCUUCAUCCUCAACCCCCUUUUUUUCGGAGCCGGUAUCUCAGGUCGGACUGUCCCAUUUUGAAUUCUUCCUUUUCUCUUGUCAUUCUCUUGUUUUGAUGGUGGGGAUGUUAAUGAUCAGGUGAAGAAAGGAGGAGCUGCAUUCGGGACGUCUGCCAGGUCAUGUCGUUUAUACAUUUUUUGUUUGUUGUUUUUUCAACGAUCCCUCAUUUGUCCUCCUCCUGACUGAAUUGAAGAGUGUGUGUGAGACGCAGGAUUGGAGCCGAUGAGGACUUUGAGACUCAUCUGUUUUGAUAUGAUCCGGUCGUCAGGCAAAUUCUUUCCUAUCCUGACGGAGCUGUAUCAAAGUUAGCUGGAGCUCAAGGGAGAGGAGGGGGCCGUGGGGAGGGCCUGGGGCCCACGACAGAGCACCCGCAUUAGGACACAUGCAGAGAGGGACACUGGCAUAGUGGUUCUUCUCACCCACUGUUUUCUGUGUACAGGAACAUGACAACAGUAGUUUUCUAUUGUCCUGUUGCCAUGUUGACGGAGGGACAGUGACAUACCAGGGCAACACCUGAACAACAACAGCGGUAACAGCAAGGACAGGCAACAGCCAUAUCUAAAAGACAACAACAGGUAAACCACCAGUGACAGCAACAAUGCACUGCAUCUAACCAAACCUCAAUCAGCCAACACCAGAUAACUUUGGGUGGGCCUUUGACAAGGACUCCACCCCUCCAUCCCCCUCUCUCCCUGCUGUGGUGUCCUUCUCCCUUCAUCGUCCAGCGAGAAUCCCCUAGUGACCCCACUCUGCUACUAUAUUUAUCCAGAUAUUGUUGACAUUAUAUUGACAUUUAUAUGUCAAUCUAGGCUAGUUUGCUCAAAGGAUUCUGGGUAAUCACCCCGGGCGGUGCUCCAUCGCCCUGGGUGAAAGGGCAGGGGGGCGGCCCACGGUUCCCCCCGACCACAACCGGGUGAAGAGCGGGCGCGGGCAGCAAGAUGGCGGCUCUCGCCAGCUCGUUGAUCCGCCAGCGGCGGGAAGUGAAGGACCCCCAGGCCAACCGGCAGGUGGCCAACAAGAGGAAGCCGUGCCCCAAGGCCAACAAGUCCCUGUGCCAGAAACAGAUAUUAUUACUCAUUUCAAAAGUCCGACUAUGUGGCAAUCGAGGCCGAAAAUUAGAAAAAAGACCGGAGCCCCAACUGAAAGGCAUUGUCACGAGACUCUACAACCGGCAUGGCUUCUACCUCCAGAUGCUUCCGGAUGGCACCAUGGACGGCACAAAGGACGAAAGCAGCUCCUUCUUGCAGUUCAACUUGAUUCCUGUGGGCCUGAGGAUAGUAGCCAUCCAGAGCACUAAGACAGGGCUCUACAUUGGGAUGAACAGCGAUGGAUACCUCUACACCUCGGAACACUUCACCCCAGAGUGCAAGUUCAAAGAGAGUGUGUUUGAGAACUACUAUGUGACGUACUCGUCCAUCCUGUACCGGCAGACCCAGUCGGGCAGGGCCUGGUACAUCGGCAUCAACCGGGACGGGCAGGUCAUGAAGGGCAACAGGGUCAAGAAGACCAAGGGGGCCGCCCACUUCCUGCCCAAACUCAUCGAAGUGGCUAUGUACAGGGAGCCGUCGCUACAUGAAGUGGUGGUGGUCGCCGAGCUGAGUUCGCCCAGGAAAAUGGCCAAGGCCUCCGAUUCACCUGUGCUGCAGAACGGCAAAAAAGACCCGCCCUCAAAAACCAAAACCUCCUAGCGCACAGAGAACACAGGGGCGGUCAUACGGGCACUGGGCACUGGCAUGGGCACCUAAAGGAACUACAGGGAUGAUAUAUAGAAACAAUGGAGCUACUUGAUGGUAGCAUUAGAAGAACUCUAUCUCCCAUAAUGCAAUAGUGAAGGAUUGGGGAAAUAAAUGCCAAUGGAACCCUUCUUUAAAGACAUGGUGUCUCCCACGCACUGCAGCCCCCUCCCCUUCUCUUACCCAACACCGCCCCUGUAUGAGUCUGAGAUUUCAGAGCAAUAAAACUUGAGGAAUGAGGCUGGGUGCGUCGUAGCAUGCACUGGUCACGUCACAACUAUGUACACAUCCACUACAGGAAAUUCCCAGAAAGAAGACCGACACCUGUCAUCAGCAUCGUCUGUUUUUAAUCUACGUCACUUCACAACGAACAAUGUCUUCCUGUUUUUAUUACACAGGGUUGUCACGGUUAAAUGUUUCCCCCCUGCCCCACUGAGCAGCAGGGGGGUCCUAUUGUUCUACAUACCCAAAGCUUCCAUCCAUACUAAUGUAAGGUUGAUCCAAGAUGCGUCUGCACCCUAUUUUCAAUAUAGUGCACUACUUUGUGUGGGUGGUGGUCAAAAGUCGUGCACUACAAAGGGAAUAGGGUGCCAUUUUGGAUGCAAGCCCAAAACAUCCUUUUGUUCUUAGUUAUCGGUUAGCAGGUCUUCUCUGUCCGUCAGCACCUUUGUGACCAUAGCUAUGUAUCUCCUCCAUAUUUUUUUUUUUUUUUCUUUCCCUUGUUAACCUCAGUUUUCCACUCGGCAGCACAAGAAAAACACUCCUUGUUCCUCUCUAGGGGUGUUUAACAGCAGCUUCCACUGAUCAAAAUCUCCCCAACUCUUGAAAGAGAGAGAGAAACCUCCCUGCUGCACUGAAUUAGACACACACGAUUGUGUUCACACACACACACACACACACACACCGGCUGGGCAGCAGAGGGAGAGGGUGAUUGUGUGCGGGUCAGAGGUUGAAGAAUGAUGACGAUAUAAUCAGUGAGAUGGUGUAGAUGUUCUGGGAGUCUGUUUGUCCAUGAGGGUUAUUAUUAAACUGACUGCUUUACCCUCUCUGUGCCCAGCCAUGCGUUACACCAUCCUAUAACCACACUAGAUCAUUUCUCUAGCUCAUGCCCCUAACAUGCUGACCACACCGCCCGCGUCGCGUGCGCGAGCAUUGCAAAACAAAUGCACACAUACAUGUCAUUCAAUCAUUGCACCCACACUGCUAGCCAGGCGCUAGAAUAGAACUUGGUUCUAUUUGUGACGCAUGAUGCGCUAUAAGUCUCGCCUCUCCUAUCUCCUAUUGGUUUUUAGGAGCAUAUUCCCACGUGGGCGAUUGAAAAAUGAACUGAGAGCCACACUCCAGUCCUGGUAAAAUAACAACCCAAUGUUUAUAUCCCAGGACGAAUUAACUAGCGACAGCAAGCUAGCUAGCUAAAUUGCCAUAAAUGUUUAAUGCUUUUCGACCUUUCCCCAAAUUAAUAUAAUUGGUUCAGAGUUCGUUUUGAUAUUUUAACCUGGGUGUCCUGAUCGCGCCUGGUGUUCGCGUCUGGUGUGGGUGGACAAGAUCAACAUGCGCGCGAACGGUCUGGUCAGCAGGUAAGCCAGGGAGAUACAGCACACAUGCCCACUGUGGGGUUUAUUUUCUGGUUGGGUAUGUGAUAUUGCAGGACAGUUGUGGUUCUUUUCAGAGGGCUGCAACCUCCUAGCCUGGGUGCCAGUCAGUUUCCACUGUCAAAAUCCUUAUGGGAUUGUCAUAGCAAACAGACUGGCACCCGGGCUAACGACCUCCUAAUUCCACGUUGAUUUCUUCUUGUUAAUCUCUACUUUAUAUGUAAUAGGCAACUAGUAUGCACUGAACCUCUCCAACACUGGGUCAAGUGUGUUAGUUAUUAUGCAAAGGAAACAAGCCUUCUUUAAAAACGCGCAUCUCGCCAUCAUGUCUCAUAGGGGGCGUCCAAAAUGGCAACCCUAUCCCUAUAUAGUGCACCACUUGUCAAAAGAGCCCCUGGUCAAAAGUAGCUCUCUACAGGGGAAAGGAACCAUAGAGUAUUAUCAACCUGUAAGUUGUGCUGUCAAUGUCACACCCCAUGCUGCACAACAAGGAUGUUGCUAAUGGUAAAGACCGGAUGCUAAAGGCACAGACAUAAUACAAAGAGGGCGAUGGCUUAGUAAUAAGGAUGAGAACGCAAAGCUAGAAGAAGCUACAUGUGCUUCCUCCUCCAUUUAAAAAAAGAAGAUUAGCCAUGAACAAUCUUUCUGCCAGUCACUGACGUAAGUCGAUAAUUCUAUGAUGAGUGUUUGUUCAUGUUGACGUGUUUACUGGAGGGAUUUGAGCUCUGUAUGCAUCCCAUCCCAAAUUGCACCCUAGAGCCCUAUGGGGACUGGUCAAAAGUAGUGCACUAUGUAAGGAACAGGGUGCCAUUUGGGAAGUAUCCAGAGCUAGGGCAGAGUGGUAGAUAGGGAGGUCCUUAUUUUAGACUAAGCAUGCUUGUUUGGUCGAGCAAAAGGAGAGAAAGGAAGGAACGAAGGUUCAGAGAGAAUUAUGGGAAUUAUGAUGACUUCUCCCCGUGGCAGACCAGGUAAUCCCAAAUAAGGUGUUGACAACAGGCACACACACACACACACACACACACACACACAAACAACCUGCUGUGAAGAUUUGUGAAGAUUUGUAAGCUGUAUACACU